AUGCCGUCCAUGGCCGGCUUCAGCAUGGCGGGCGGCGGGGGCGGCGGCGGCGGGGGCGGCGGAGGCGCGGGCGGCGGGGGCGGCGGAGGCGGCGCGGGCGGCGGCGGGCGGGGCAUGGGCUCACCCAGCGCCUGCCUCCAGCAGCGCGACCCCGUGGGCGGUGGCAGCGGCGCCGCCGCCGCCGCGGGCUACUCGUGCAUGACGCGCCCGCCGCCCUACGAGCCGCUGUCGCUGGGCGCGUACGGCGCCCGCCCCGCGCCCUGCAGCCCCGCCCAGCCCUACCAGCCCAUGAACGGCCACCAGUACGCGCCCAACGGCGCCACCUCCACAGGACUCAUUUCGCCCGGCGUGUCGGUGCCCAUCGCGGUGCCCGGCCAGCCGCCCGACAUGACCACGCAGUACUGGCCACGGCUGCAGUGACAGUGGUGGAACUGAAGGGCGCGCGAGAUUCGUCCCGCCGCCCUCGCCCGGGUCGCACGCAGCGCCGCGCGCUCUAUCUAGCGGCCAGUGCCGGGACCCCGUGCUUCGUCCGACCGCCGCCGGCGCAGCACCGUCGUCAGCACCGCCCUCGCUUCAGCAAGGGGAGGCGCCAGGCAGUCCGGCCGGCCGAAUGGCUUGUCCGAACGGUAGUGUCGUUUUCUUAGUUGAUGUGGUUUUUCCGAAGAAGUGUGCGUACUACUGCAGCCAACACGGCUGUUGAGUGUAAAUGUUUGGACACGUUGAAUAUAGAUUGAACCCUUUCACCCGACGUAUUUUUGGAGUGUUGUGUGUUUCGGAGUAAAAAGUCAGAUUUUUAAAUUUAUUCGAGAAGUAUGUUGACCCGUUUUGUGCAGUGAAGAAGCUCAUAUCAUGUUUAUUGAAAUCUGGGGGAACGGACAGACUCAAAGUGAAUGACUGUAUCGUAAACCCUGGAGUCGUCGGAAUACUUUAUCUUCAGCCAGAGAUGUCAGUGGAUUCUUUUCAGCAACUGAUUGUAUUUAAUAACUAACAUAAGUUUCCAUUUACAAAUAAAUACAUUUUGUGAUACCAUUUAGCGAUGGUUAUGAAAAUGUCACUGUUUCUAACACUGAUACCAAAAUCCUUUAUAAACACCCUCAUUGUGUUGUUUUCUGCAUUUCGCCGGCAUGCAUUUAGCAUGAAAACUAUCUGUGAAUGUCACGCUGUUUCAAAUCCGCAAAUGACGUCCAUAUUUCUGCCGUAAAGUUUCCUGCCUGUAUAAUAUCAUCACUCUCCAAAUUGAUUGUUUGAAUAUCUUUAUAUGUAAACUUCGUCACAUUUUUCCUGAUAUGUAAUUUACCAUCAAUGUUAAAUUUAUUUUUAAAGUGUUUUCCAUUCACUUGUACUGCGAAGUAAAAG